AUGGCUUGGUCGCUUUGGUUUCGCAGGAAUAAGAGGGUUCAUGAGGGUCUGUCCCUUAAUGCUUCUCACACCGCAGCGGGCUUUGCAAAACUCGUUGAGGACUAUUGUUUGUAUGCCAAGGUGUUCUCAGGCCCACCUCGAAGUUCAAAGAUGUCGUCACCGAUUAGGACUUGUCCCUCAGAUGAUUUUAUAAAAGUAAAUGUUGACGCUCAUCUCAUUAGCUCCUAUAUGGGAUUGGGAGCGGUAGCGAAAAACCACCGGGGGGAGCUUGUAUGGGUGGCGAUUAGACGAGUUGAUAGUGUGUGGGAGGUGGAGUGUGCUGAGGCAGCUGCGGCUCAUGUUGGGCUUUUUGUGGCAAGGCGACUAGUGGUGACGCGAGUUUGGUUAGAAGACCAAGGCCACAAUCAACAUGAGAAAAGUUCAAAAGGCACAGAUGAUGGUUGUUUAAAAGAUGGCAGCAAAGAAGUUGCAGUCAAGGUGUUCUCAAAGACCGAGGCCCCUAAGCAAUUUAAGAAUUUGGUUUCUCUCGUUGGAUACUGUGAAGAAGGAACCAACUUGGCACUUAUUUACGAGUUCAUGGCCAUGGGAGACUUGAAAGCUCUUCUCUCAGAAUAUUCUGACUCCAUAAGCUGGAGAAAGAGAGUUGAGAUAGCAAUCGACACAGCUCAGGGACUGGAUUACUUGCAUCAUGGUUGCAGCCCUCCUAUAGUUCAUAGAGAUGUGAAACCCGCUAACAUUCUUCUAAACAAAGAAUUUCGAGCAAAGGUAGCUGAUUUUGGGUUUUCCAAAAUCUUCUCAGCUGAAUAUGUUUCAAAUUUACAAACAAGGGUUGUUGGAACACUAGGCUAUCUUGAUCCUCAGUAUAAUUUAACAGGACAAGUGCAUGAAAAAGGCGAUGUUUACAGCUUUGGGGUUGUCCUGUUGGAGCUAAUCACAGGGAAAACAACAAUAGUAAACAGAGUCAUGAACUUGGGUCAAUGGGUUAGGAGUGUGCUUGAAAGAGGGGAUAUAGCCAGCAUACUAGACCAGAACCUGAGACACGGUACGCAUGUAGAUGACAACUAUCUCACUGUGUGGAAAGCAGUAGAACUAGUAGUGAGAUGUAUUCAGCUAGAAAUUGCAGAUAGGCCAACAAUGACUCAAAUAGUGACAUAACUCAAAGAGUGUUUGAAUAUGAUGAACACAGAAAGUUCUAG